CCUGCAAUAGACUGUAACCUGAACGCUCAACAAUAAAAUGAGGAAAGCUGCUCAAUUGAAUAUAAGCAGCAAACAUGUGAUGAUGACGGUACGCUUCCGUUUGUACGUUGGUUAUCAAAGUUAUAUACUAUCUAAAAAUAGUCAACUCUCUGUCUUACUCUUCUGUUUCUAUGUAGAAAAGCAUACGAUACCUAGGCGUUUUUUUGAGGUUAGUGUUUCAAGCCAAGUAAAACGAUAAUAACAGUAGCACAGAAGGGAUGCUGGUUAUUCUCUCUCUUAGGAGGCUGUUUGUGUUAUUUUGUUUUGAAGGGGGUUUGGGGUUACCCGGGUCUCUAAAGAACAACAACAUAGAGUCCUAGAUGGACUAGUAUAGGGUCGCACUGCAUAUGUUAUCUAUCGUAAGUAGCACAUUUUUCUUGUUUAUUAUCAUUAGAAAAUGCGCUCUAUGAGUGAAGAACCAAGUACACAAGCAUAGUUUAUUAUUAUUGAUUGGGCAUUUGAAAAUUACUCUUUCUAAAAGGGCUAAAAAAAAAUAAAUCACGCACCUUAGCGUUACAUUAGGUGCAUUUCUUUCAAUAGACUUUGAUACUUGACAACGUGUACC